AUGUCGUCUUCGGCGUUUGAUGUACUGAUGUCGGGAGCUCGGGAUGUGGCUAAGAAGAAAUCAGACCUGAAAAGAAAAACCCCACACUCUCACUCAGAGCCCUCCCCAAAUCCUCCUAACCAAACCGAACCCCCAAACAAGUUUUGUAGCCGCCCAUCCGCUCCCUCUUCUUCUUCCAUAGAAGAACUGAGGGAACAGGUUUUAUUUCUAAAGAAGAAGCCGUCGGAGUUUGAUCCUACCUCAGUUGCUUGGUGGAAGAAGGGUGAACCCGUGCCGUUUCUGUUCCUCUGUUUAGCAUUUGAUUUGAUCCAGCAAGAGAGUGGCAGAAUUGUAAUGACAGAUAUUGUUUGCAACCUUUUGAGGUGUGUCAUACACACUAGCCCUCAGGAUCUCCUGCCCGUUGUUAAUCUCGCUGCAAAUAGGAUUGCUCCACCACAUGAAGGUUUGGAAUUGGGUAUCGGUGAUGCUGCCAUUAUCAAGGCCCUUGCCGAGGGCUGUGGCAGGACUGAGAAGCACAUUAACCAGCAGUAUACGGUUUUAGGUGACUUGGGUUCAGUUGCCAAAGCUAUCCGUUUGUCUCAAUCUAUGCUCCGGAAGCCCGAUGCAUUGACUAUAACAAAAGUUUUCAACACCUUUCACUCAAUUGUAAAGGAAUCCGGAAAAGACAGCCGGGAGAAGAAAAAGAAUCAUAUAAAGUCACUUCUUCUUGCUGCAACCGACUGCGAACCUUUAUAUCUAACCCGUUUGCUUCAGAAAGAGUUGCGCCUUGGAUAUGGUGAGCAAACUUUAUUAUCUGCAUUGGGCCAAGCUGCCCUUUAUUCUGAAGAACGUUCUGAACUUCCUCCUGAAAUUCACUCUCCUUCAGAAGAGGCCGCAAAGAUUGUUAAACAGGUAUAUUCUGUUCUCCCUGACUAUGGCAAAAUAGUACAGUCGCUGCUUACUGAUGGUAUAUGGCGACUUCCAACAACAUGUGUUUUUACUGUCGGUGUUCCGGUUGAGCCUAUGCUGUCAAAACCAAUGACGAGUGUAUCUGAAGCUCUAAAUAAGUUCCAGGAUGCAGGGUUUACCUGUGAAUACAAAUAUGAUGGAGAACGUGCUCAGAUACAUUACAUGGAUAAUGGCUCGGUUGAGAUUUAUAGUAGGAAUGCUCAACGGAACACCGAGAAAUUUCCCGAUGUUGUUGCUGCAGUUUCAAGGUUAAAGAAAGGAACUGUGUCGUCAUUUGUUAUUGAUUGUGAAUUGGUUGCAUAUGAUCGUGCAAAACAGAAACUCCUUCCUUUCCAGGUGCUUAGUACCCGCUCCCGCAAAAAUGUAGCUGCGAGUGGCAUAAAGGUUGAUGUAUGCAUAUUUGCUUUUGAUUUGUUGUUUCUUAAUGGCCAAGCACUGCUUCAGGAAAAUCUGAAAAUUCGUAGAGAGCAUCUUUAUGCCUCAUUUGAGGAGGAUUCUGGAUUUCUUCAGUUUGCAACGUCUCUAACAUCAAAUGAUGCCGAGGAAAUACAAAAGUUUCUUGACGAAGCCGUGGAUGCUAGUUGUGAGGGGUUAAUUUUUAAAACAUUAAAUAAACAUGCUACAUAUCAACCUUCCCAUAGAUCUCGCAACUGGCUUAAACUGAAGAAAGAUUAUCUGAAAAAUUUAGGGGACACACUAGAUUUGGUUCCUAUUGGUGCUUUCCACGGUCGUGGGCAACGUGCAGGAGUCUAUGGGGCCUUUCUCCUUGCCUGCUAUGACAUCGAUAAUGAAGAAUUUCAAACUAUUUGUAAGACAGGAACUGGAUUCUCGAGAGAAUUGCUAGAAGAAAGUUCUACCAGACUCCGGUCAAAAAUAAUUCCCCAACCAAAAACGUACUAUAGGCAUGCAGAGAAAAUCAAACCUGAUGUCUGGUUUGAAGCCACUGAAGUGUGGGAGGUGAAAGCUGCAGACCUCACCAUUAGCACUGUGUACCAAGCUGCAGUGGGCAUCGUAGAUUCAGAUAAGGGCAUAUCUCUUAGAUUUCCUCGUCUAAUUCGAUUUCGGGCGGACAAAGAUCCUGAUAAGGCCUCAUCGUCCAAGCAGGUUGCCGAAAUGUAUAAUGCUCAAAAAAAUAAUCACACCAACGAAUCCAAGUCAUCAGAUGAAAAUGAUUAA